AGCGUCUUAGCAACGGGGCGGAAAGAACCUUCAUUUAACAACAAGCUACUUAUUCUCCCACAACACAAUACAACAAUACGUUACCGCUUAUACAGUCUUACAUUAUAAUAUUUAUGUUUGUUCACUAUAUCCUUUUUUUUCUUUUAAACAAUCUAUAUUCUCAAGUUAUCGUAUGAAGCGGGAUGGCUAUCAACAACCCAUCGGUGUUUCUGUUGAUGAUAAACGGACAGAUUGAAGGGGCGAAUUUUCCAGAGUAUGAUGACCUGUACUGUAAAUACUGCUUCGUCUACGGACACGACUGGGCCCCCACCUCGGGUCUAGAGGAGGGUAUAUCUCAGAUUACGUCGAAAGGCAGAGACUCUCCUCAGAGAAUGAUCUGGAAUUUUCCUCUGGAGAUCACCUUUAAGAGCACCAACCCAUUAGGCUGGCCUCAGAUCGUGGUAAGUGUCUACGGUCCUGAUACGUUUGGUAACGAUGUGGUCAGAGGAUACGGAGCAACACACAUCCCCUUCACUCCUGGACAACACACCAGAACCAUCCCAAUGUUUGUUCCUGAAUCCACAUCAAGACUACAGAAAUUCACAAGUUGGCUGCUGGGGCGACGUCCAGAGUUCACCGAUCCUAAAGUUAGAGAAGUGACCAGGGUCCGUUCUCAGGGUUUCGUCUCCCUCUCCUUCCACAUUGUGACUAAAGACAUGAAGAGACUGGGUUACGACACCACACCUUCCGAGACCUCACACACUGCUGCUGCAGGCAUCGGACUGGGAGACCAGGCCUACAGCACGUGA